ACGCUCUGGCUGCUGCGCCCAAAGCUGCUGGCUGGUUCUGCAAGGUUCCUGCCUGUCAAGACAAGGAGGCGGAGAAGGACUCCUCCUCUUCCCGAGCUGUAGGUCUGGGCGUGGAGUCCUGUGGCAAUCCUGCAAAAGUGUAAAGCUGUCAGCCAGGCAGAGCGCGCUGCCGGGAGAGGGGAGAGGAUGAGAGAGCCCCUCCUCCUCCGUGUGCCAGCUGCCCCGGGUGGCCCAGGCUGGACCUGCUAGAGAGGCACAGCAGCCUGAGGACCUCAGCCCCAGCCAGGGAUAGAGGCGGCUGAAGACAGGCUGAUGGGCUCCAUUGAUGGGCUCCACUGUCUGACCAUGACUGCUGAAAACCCAGCUUCUGGAGACCUGAUUCCAGCCCCCCUUGUCACUUGCAAGCUCUGCCUGUGUGAACAGUCUCUGGACAAGAUGACCAUGCUCCAAGAAUGCCAGUGCAUCUAUUGUACAGCUUGCCUGAAGCAGUAUAUGGUGCUGUCGAUCCGAGAAGGAUGUGGGUCUCCUAUCACGUGUCCUGACAUGGUGUGCAUAAACCACGGGACCCUGCAAGAAACUGAGAUUGCCUGUUUGGUGCCUGUGGAUGAGUUUCAACUUUAUCAACGGUUGAAGUUUGAACGAGAGGUUCACAUGGACCCCUUCCGAACAUGGUGUCCUGUCCCAGACUGCCAGGCAGUGUGCCAUAUUGCAACAGGAGACACAGGACGGCCUGUGCUGGUGGAAUGCCCUUCUUGCCACCUGAAAUUCUGCUCAUGCUGCAAGGAUGCUUGGCACGAGGGCUCUUCCUGUAAAGACAGUCAGUCUGCUAUGCCAGAGCAUGGGGCCCUGGUUGGGACGGACGCAGAAGCCUCCAUCAAGCAGUGUCCAGUCUGCCGAAUCUACAUCGAGCGCAGCGAAGGCUGCGCGCAGAUGAUGUGCAAGAGCUGCAAGCACACGUUUUGCUGGUACUGCCUGCAGAACCUGGACAAUGAUAUAUUCCUCAGGCAUUAUGACAAGGGGCCAUGCAGAAAUAAGCUGGGCCACUCGCGAGCAUCGGUGAUGUGGAACCGAACACAGGUGGUGGGGAUCCUUGUGGGAUUGGGCGUCAUCGCCUUGGUGACCUCGCCCCUGCUGCUGCUGGCCUCUCCAUGUCUAAUCUGCUGCGUCUGCAAGUCCUGUCGGGGCAAGAAGAAAAAGCACGACCCAGCUACAACCUAAAGGCGCCUGCGCACACAUUUGGGCCAUGUGAGACAGCACAGCCAUAAAGCCCCUCUUAGCGACCUUGCCUCCUCCUCCUCCUCCUCCUCCUUUGCCAAACUUUGGAAGUGCCUCUGUGUCCAGACUUUGAACCUGCCCGAAAGCAUUCAGUGUUGGAAAAGGCCAAGUCCCGGGUGCGAGUGUUCCCGUGAAGGGAGAAGCAGUCCCGAAAUGCAGACUGUGUCUGUGGAGCAGGUUGGCAGCUUUGCCUCGAACACAUCACAUCUCACCAUCCAAAGGCCCCCACUGGGUCACUCACCUUCCGCCUAGACCAAGGAGCUGGCACGAAUAUUCAGAGUAGCGAUGGUGUUAUCACACGUGGUGGCAUUGCAAACUGAGCAAACGUCUGUGUUGAUUCCACUGCCACGAGACACAUGCAGAAACCCAGAGUCGGAGGGGAAGGAUAAGACUGCCUGACAAGAAGUUCUGUGAGCAGUGGAGCCGGCCGCUUACCUCACGCGCUGGCUGGCGAGCCUGUGCCAGCUGCUGCAUGCACCUCUUCGGUGUCCCCACGGUGACUUGGCAGAAACAUAAUAGCCCUCUCCCUGUGUGAUCUCAUCUUCAGGCAGGAGAAACGGCUGUUCAGAGGGAGCUGUCCCUUCCCAGGAAACGGCUGUAACUUGUAAGAUGACAUGGCCUCAUCUAGUGUCUGUUGUUUGGCAGAUGCUAUUUUUCUAAGGUAACUAACUGGCUCGCCGCUCACAGUCAGCCCGCAGCUGCGGUCUAUAAAAGUGCUUUAUAUGGGAGGGGAGUGGAAAAGCUUCAAAGCCUUUGUCGGAGACAGCAGGGUCCUUUCUUGGGCUCUGUGGUCGUAUUCCCAACAGAUUAGGAUGUGGACGGAGAGGGUACAUCAGCAGUAAACGGUAUGGGUCACCCACCCACAUAGGACCCAGGGGACUCCCACUGGGCGUGCACGGAGUCAUCCAACAGAGCACACCAAAUAACAUCAUGCAGAAGACCUUGUCCCUUUCUGUGACUAAGAUAAACAAAAAGGUCUUUGUUUUGUUUGUUGUACGUUCCUAACUCACCCAGGGGGAAAGACGCAAAAACAAAGCUUUUAAAACAACCCUUGGUACAGUUCUAUGCCUCUGUGAAGUGAUAAUCGGGUUAUUUGCAUACUUUCAGACACAAUUUAGAGCAGCUCUCUGCUCAGCCCAAUUUAGUGUCUUCUCCCAGGAGCUCCCAGGCAAUCCGAGAAACUUAUAAGACAACAACAGGAAAUCAAAUGGAAAUAUGGAAUUAGUUUAUGUGUCUUCAGUAGUUUGGAUUUGUAUCACCUCAGAGUGACUCCUCCUGCCAUUACACGUUAGUCAGCAAGUAGGCGACAGGAUUCUACGGUUGCCAUUAGCAAACCAGCCCGGUGCUUCAUGAAAACCGCGUGUGUUCUGUGUUAACUGAGACCAGGGAGACUAUUCAGGGCCUAUUCUGUUUUCUGCGGUAACUAGGUGACUAGAUUGUUAAACUGCUGCUAUCCCGGAUCUGUUAUCAAAGACUGAUGCCUUGCCUCUGCCGUGGAAUGUAUCUUAAGUGGGGAUGUAUAUCUUCAAGGAUCUUAAUCCACACAUGUGUAUUAGCAUCUGAUGUAUGAACAAUACAUUCAUUGGCCAUGUAUUUUUUUUUUUAAUUCACAGUUUAUGUAAAACAUAGAACUCUGGGAAACUUCUGAAUGGCAACUAGCCCAAAUCAUUGCAAUCGUUUAUUAGAAAUUUCUCCAUACAAAGUGGCUUUGUUUUCCAUUGAAUGUCUAAGUACUUCAGAAAAACAACAAACCACUCCACCUCUCUCCCGAAAAGGUUAUUUCACGUUUGUCUGAAUUUAAAUGCACAUCUGUCUGAGCAGUCAGCUUGCACACAUAGUCAACUGUCCCCCUUGAGGUGAGGGCAUUUGUCACAGCUCAGGGGUUUACAGGAACUCGGCUGAAACGGAAUUUCUCAGCAAGAACGUCAGCAGCGCCACGCGCCACCAUUAAGUGAGUUCUGUGAGCUUGCUUGGUUCUAACGGGGCAAAUUUCAAGUCACCUGAAAUGCUGUUAUCUCUGAAGAAAGAGCUGGUGGGUUCGGAGUGAAGGCAGAAGAGAGUGCCUGUGCUAUUUCCCUGGAAAAAUGGAGGGAAAUUGCCUUCUUAGAGAUUUUUAUAAAAGCGGUAGUUUUGAUUUUAUUUUUUUGUUUGUGAGGCGGGGGGUGGGGUUGUUUGUCAAACUGGUUUUAUAUAACUGGGCCUUUUUUUUUUUUAAUGUUGCAAAGUGCCUAAAUAUGGCAAAAUGAGUGUGAGAGAGUGUGUCUGAAUCUACUGAAGAAUUUGAGAGAUGGAACCCAAGUGUGCGUAUCUGGCAUACCCCAGGGCACAAUGCCAGCCCAGCUGACUCUGUUUACAAAGAACCAAGGAGGCAGCUGUGCCAGGGGAGGCUGGUGUUUUCACUUUGGGUGAUUGGCCUCUGAAGGCUUUACUUCCUCUACCCUGAGCUUCACCUUCGUGGUGCAGGAAGAUUCCUAUAACAAGUGUUUGGCUGUGAAAAAAAAAAAAGAAAAUUCUAGUCCAUUUGAUUGACUAGAUUUAGAAGCCCAGCAGGUUCCCGUCUGGGUGUGGUGACCCAUCUUCCAGAAAGCUCACUGGAUACAGUGGUACAUCAGCCGGCCUGCCGCCUCUGGGGUUUCUCCUCUGAGAGAAGACAGGGGAGAGCCACGUGGAAGCAAGCGUUAAAUCCUAGCCAUCCUGGUGGUUCAGGCCAUGGCUGCUAUUGACUCUGGACCUGAAAUCUGAACUUUGAAAACGGCCUUUGGAAAGCAAAUAAUCCAGUGUGAAUCUUGUUAUAGUCUGUAUCACAGAAUAAUCUUCUCCAUUCAAGUGGAAAAUCCUCAUUGAUUUUUGGAUGUAUGAAACUGUUUCUUGGAACGCCAGAUUUCCUCUUUAAAAUUACCCAAUAACUGUGCUGCUCUAGCUUCUGUGUCCAGGACUCCUGAGGAAUGUAUCUCCCUGUCCAUGAAUGAUGCCUUUUAUGUAUGUGAAACCAUGCACACAAGCGUGGCUGUGACACCUUGUUCAGAAAUGCCUUAGGUGAAUGACAUUUUGUUACACUGUCUGAACUGGUAUCUCCAUCUCAUGUGGGUUCAUGAUCCAGGAAGUUUUGUCGUGUGCUUACUUAAAUUGCUUGUUGUGUUAUUUUUUUUUUUCUCAAUUCUUUGGGAAGAAAGUUGUUUCAGUCUCUUUAGCCCCAAUAAAUGUGAGCAGUAAGCCAAAUGUGUUAA